AUUUUCUUCGUUGAUAUUUAGAGGCAGCACAUAUCGAUGAAAGACUCGAUCGCUAUAUAUUUAGCACGUGAUCAUUUUAUACGGUGGCAUGUAACGGAACGGGUGUUGAGUUGCGAGCCGGUAUACAAAUCAGACAUUUAUUUAAUAAAACAUAAUUGUGAAUAAAAAAAAAUAUUCGCGGUUAUAUUUUACUAGUGACUACAAAAAGUGUAAUUAGCAAUUGACGACCGUUGUGAUUAAAUAUUUUUCGUACUUUUUUUGGAUAAAAAGAAAGUAAAAUAAAAUUAAUCAUCCAAUAGAAUUUUUUGACGCUGUGAAGUUGCAGUAAUGGCAGAGGGACCAUCGCCAUAUUUGAGAGCGAUUCAGAAAGUUGUAGGAAACACACCGGGUAAAAAGUUUUAUAAAUUAAACCGCAUCGUGAAAAGAAUAAUAGAAUCAGAUAAUCAAAAUGCUUCGAUGCAAUCGGCUGUUGAUUCGUCGGAAUUACCGGAGGCUUUAAAACCACUGGUGCAAGUGGAGGUCGCGCGAUUAUCAGAACAAUUCGUGGGAAUUUGCGAAGCUCUGAAAUCCGAUGACUCUUUAGUGUUUGAUCGAGCGCUCAGGGCCAAGUGGUUUUUCAAUGGCAGCCAUAGAAAUUGUAGGGUUCAGUACUACAAGAAACGAAUUUUUCCGGUCGUAUCUCUGCAGAGUCGACUUAAAAUUAUCAGAGCGUUGGCUAAUAAUUUAACCGCGAAUCCUGCUAUCGCUGAAGCAUUUUAUACUUCGCUGAUUUUGAAGUACGAGGAAAAACAAGCUCACCCACUACUAAAAGCUUGCAGUGAAUCAUUUAUCUGGAGACACAUCACAAAUCAUAAACUACGGCUUAAUAAUAAAAUGGUACGAAUUUUAUUCGACAAGUAUCCAAAACUUGUAGUGAAAUACCUAAAGCUAAGCAAAAAAAGUGACGACGAAUUUGAACGAAAUUUACGACCCGUUAAUUUACAGUCUCAUGCGUCUUUGCUUCCCAGAUUAUUCAACAAAUAUCCAGACACUUUUAUGGAACUCAUCGAAAUGCAUAACAACAACUUCAAUAUAAAGUUAAGCCGCCGCAGUACUAAUUUAUUUUUCAAAAAAUUUCCUGACGCUUUAAUAAGAAAUCCCCGAUUAUUUCUUCCAAUGUUAGAUCUCAAAGUCGUAUAUAAAAAUAUCACUGACCUUCAGUUCUUAGUCAUUUUCAAGCAGCUAUUUCCGCCCAAAAUAGAUUCAUUCGAAUUCGAUGAAUUACUUCAGUAUCUAGAAUGCCUUUCAAAUGAUGCUAAAUUGCAUCUAAUGACUUCUACAUUCGAAGAAGUUUACGGAGUUAAAUUUUUAGAUUGUACUGAAAAAAUCACACCAUCAGCUCUUUCGAUGCUUCCACCCGAAGAUCGGAUCAAGGCAGUGAGAAUAAUCCUUAAAGAUAUCGAACAAAAUAGUCCAAAAAGUCCCAAUAUGCCGUGGAUUGGCUACUUACCCCCUGAUCCCUUAAUAGAGAUGACGACAUCAAUUCUUGAACGCACAACGACCCCAGAGAGACGAGCGGAUUUAAUAAAGCAAUUAAUCUUCACGUGCCGAGUUAAUGCCAACAAUGAUUCGUUUCUUAGAGUUAUCAACCACAUCGCAGCAAAUCACAUGGAUGAACCUGACUGGUUCUUCAUGGACAUUUUCGAAUACAUAUCAAUAAUAUACCCCAUAAAUACUUUGACUGAGCAGCAUUGGAACGCGUUCAUUCCACUAAUCGUAGCAACGUCCAAUAAGUUCCCUACUUUGCACGAGCAGAUACCAUUGGAUUUGAUUAUCGCUGCAAUUCGUUGCGACUUGGAUAGAAGGAUUACUCAGAACACCGGUACUAUGAAAUUCUUUACAAAAUUGAAUCUGACACGUAAGCGAACUGAUUGGCGAAUUUUCGAAGACAAUUUUCGAUACGAUAGAAUCUGCCUUGAACACUUUAUCACUAAUGUAUUGACAGCCGAUAGCAGCAGCAAGAGUGUACCCGAUAAUCCACUUAUACAUUUAUUAGCAUCCAUUAAAGACUUUAAUGACGAGGUCACGGAAGUGGAAUCUGAAGUUAAAGUUAUUCGUAUUGAAGAAUAUCCGAAAUUGGUGGAAAGAGUGCAGCCAUUAAUUGAUCGUCACGUCGGGAAUCGUUCAUUCAUAAGAAAUCUCAAAGUCGCUGUAAGAAACUUGGAUCAGAAUCUCUAUAACCGCUGGGUCAGUAAAAGUGUAAGGAAAUGCGAAAAAUUGCCUCAAGUUAUAAUCAGUGAUUUGAAUUCAAGGCACACUUGGAUAAUGCUUAAGACCGAUCCGCAAUGUGUUAAUUAUUAUUGGGAAGAGAUUUUGAAGGAAUGUAUUGAAAAAAAUCAUUCCGUUUGUGGUAAGUGCAAAUCUUGUUCGGAGAGCGAUCCCUUAGCUCGAAGAUUUGUCAGAAUGAGCCGGUGGUGUCAGGAUUUGCCGAUAAAUUUUCUUGGAAAGCUGUCAGAAAACGUUGAUUGGCAUAAAAAAGGUCGGGAUCUACUUAUUCUGGCGUUACUGCUCGAAGGACCGGAAUUGGAACGCUUCGUAAAAACUUCUAUCACGGCCGCUAUUACGAGAAUUACCGAUGAAAACAAUGCCGAGGAUGGCUUGAAAUUAACUUAUUUCAUUCCGAGAGCCCUAAGUGUCGCUAAUCCCCCGGUAUCUUUGGAUUUUAUGGUUAACUACUGCGUCGAUAAUUGUAAACAGGUGCCAAUUGAAUACAUUCUUAAUAUAGGCCGACGGACGGCCUGUUCUAAAGUUAUUUCGUUUGCAACGGAUCUGUUGAAACCAAGGCCGAUUGCUCUACCGGUGUCUAUACGAAAAAUCGGAAUUCAGUUAUUGUGUAUGGUCCAGGAUGCCGAAAGUCUACACGAUACCCUAAAGGACUUGUGGUACCGCGAAAUGAAUCCGAAGCUUCGUGGGCUAUUGUUUAGAAAUGUGCUUAAACUUUUUAAAUCAUUUCCCAAUGACCAGAACUGGAGAUUGAUUAAAAGAUAUAUCAGCGGUCUUACACGAUAUGACAGAGAUACUUUUAGAUCUCUUAUGAAAUUUGAUUCCAUUCCUAAUGAAUACAUCGCCAAGUAUGUCGAUAAAUUAUUUGCACUCUUUCUUAGACUCGGUAAUAAGGGAAACGAUUUGGAGCCAGAAGUCGUUUGGUUAUAUUUUACGAAGAUACUUAGUAUUGAUAAGAACAUAUUAGCUCUGUGUCCCGACACAUAUCACCGUAACAUGAUUGCAACAUUUGUUCUUGAUUUCGGUCCACCAAAGGGAGUACAGUCUGCAGCCCAAAUUUAUCUAAUUAAUUACAUUUUAAUAGCGCGAGAUAAGUUAGAAGACGGAUUGACUAUUUUCGAAAAUAUAUUUAAGAAAAUGGUUAAGCAUUAUUGGAAUAUUCAUCAUCGUGAUGACCCGACAUUCUAUCCAGCAAAACAUUUCGUACAUGAAUUGAUCUAUAAUAUAUUAUAUUCUUUACCCGACAGUCCUAUAAAACGUAAGUUAGUUAAUAUUGUGAUGACAGUGGCACAAAAUUCGGAUUUCAACGCUUAUCGGGAUCCCGAAUUCUACACUGCGUUCACCGUCGCUUCAUGUGUUAACGACAAAAUUUAUCCUCAGGAAUUAGUAACGAAGAUCAAAAAACUUUUGCCUGUAUUAGAAAAAUGUGCUGAUUACGUCUCCGUUGAAACUAUUGCUGAAUGUCUUUAUAAAAUUUUCGAUUCUGUCACCACUCUACUCUAUCAAGUACAGGUCAUCAUAAAUCUCCUAGGUUUAAGAAAUGAUUAUGCUGAUGAUCUUGCAUUUCAUCUUAUCAGACGUCAAAGGCGAUUAAAAAACUAUCCACGACUCGCAGAAUUUGCGUCUCGUGCCAUACCAUAAAUAACUACAACCCUGUAGGCGAGCGCUUUUUUCACUAGUUUUUAAGAUAAGUAAUUAAUAAGAAGGAGUUAUGUAAAAAUAUUUUACUGCAUUGAAUUUUAUAAUUAUCGUCAUUUUGUCGUGACUGUUGGCAUCCAUUUUAUUUCAACUAUUGCUAAAUAUCUUUACGAAAUAAUCGAUCCCGAUGAAAAAAGAUUUUAUACAAUUUUAUAUAAUUAUAUAUCAAUUAUAUAUGGACUAUAUAUAAUUAUAUAUAGACUAUAUAUAAUUGGAUAGAAAAAAUAGCUC